AAUACAAAAUAGGAGGCAGAAUAUUGAAAUAGAUACAGAAACAUACACUGCACACCCAGAGGAGUUCACAACUGUAGAAACUAAAAAUGAGACUUUUGACAUAUUUCCAUUGUGGGUCUUGCCUUUUGAUUCCUUACAUUUCUAAUAAAAUUUAAAUAAAAAAGGAAUUCAACUUUAAAGGCAUGAAUAGAGGGAGCAGUAUUAGACCAUUUCCUUUUGUGGACAAAGUCUUUAGCCAAAAUAAUUAACAGAUUAAUAAUAAAAACAUAUCCUUGGGGGGGGGACUCAUACUCUCGGAGAAACAGCGCGCCGAUCGAUGCUUCCAAACAGUUUUAUCAGAGUUUCAUAAUUCAUUUACAUGGUUUUAAUCGGGUCUGGCGUCAACUCCCUACAAAGUAUUUUGUAAGACACGAAAGGCAAUGUCUUUAUGUUCAUCUAUGAGGACAAUUAGCUGCCUCGCCUAUAGAAUCACAGGCUUCGCCUAGCCUACAUAAAGCUGUCGUAUCACAGCAGAAUGGAAACUUUUGUUGUUUUCCCCUAGUUGGUCUUUGCACGCUUGUUGUGACGGAUUGGGUCAGUAACCGCAUGACUCAUACUUCGGAAUCUGGAGCAACAAGAUUCAAGCGCAUCCAUAGACGCGAAAUCCAUGUUUCCCCCCCCAAACAGUCUAAUUACCGAAGGUGGAUUUUAAACCUCCUCUGUGCCGACAUCCUUUCGUUCUGUUCGCUGUCACACGGUGAACUCGGGCAAAGCAAGUGUCCGGAGAGCUGGGUAGCCUGAGGAUUGACUGGGCUGCAUCCAGCUAACGCGAUGAAAAUGCAAACAUUCUGGUUUGGCGAUGGGAUCUGGCUUUUCUCGUGUUGACGCCGCGGAGAGCAUCACCCCCCUCCUGCCUCAGUCAAAGGGACCAGAAAAUGGUUCAUGCGCAGAUUGUGUGAGCGAAUGGGACCGACUCCGGAGCGAUUUCCCCCACAGCUGGAGUAGAGCAAUUCCUGGCGAUUCAGGACCGUUUUUGUUUACCAGUGCCUGCCUGCCUGCACACCACCCUCUCCCAAGUCUUCCGAGUCCUGUGCCUUUGGAGAAUGUAAACUGGAGCCGUGCGCACGCGUAUUGCGCAGUGGAAGCCAUGUUAAACUUACAGUGAAUUCGGGCUGAGAUUUUUUUCCCCCCCUGAAGCCGUUCAUGUUUGUUUAUUUGUUUCUUCUCACCUGUGAAACCGGGCGUCCCACGAACCUCAGAGAUCGGCGAGAGAAACCGGAGUUCAAAUUAUGAAUUCCAGUUUCGACCUGUCCAGGCGGAAUCCGCAAGAGGAUUUCGAGCUGAUUCAAAGGAUAGGCAGCGGUACAUACGGAGAUGUGUAUAAGGCCCGUAAUGUCAACACUGGAGAGCUGGCAGCCAUUAAAGUCAUUAAGCUGGAACCUGGUGAAGACUUCGCCGUCGUGCAGCAGGAGAUAGUGAUGAUGAAGGACUGCAAGCACUCGAACAUUGUGGCUUAUUUCGGCAGCUAUCUCAGGAGAGAUAAAUUAUGGAUAUGCAUGGAAUAUUGUGGAGGAGGUUCACUACAGGACAUAUAUCACGUGACUGGACCUCUGUCAGAAUCGCAAAUUGCCUAUGUAUCACGAGAAACACUACAGGGUUUGUACUAUCUUCACAACAAAGGAAAAAUGCACAGAGACAUUAAGGGAGCAAAUAUUCUGUUAACGGACAAUGGGUAUGUGAAAUUAGCUGACUUUGGAGUCUCCGCACAGAUAACGGCAACACUAGCGAAGAGAAAAUCCUUCAUCGGGACCCCUUACUGGAUGGCUCCAGAAGUGGCUGCUGUGGAGAGAAAAGGCGGCUAUAACCAGCUGUGCGACAUCUGGGCUGUGGGGAUCACUGCCAUAGAGCUGGCCGAGCUCCAGCCACCCAUGUUUGACCUGCACCCAAUGAGGGCUUUGUUCUUGAUGACUAAAAGUAAUUUUCAGCCCCCUAAACUGAAAGACAAGCUAAAAUGGACCAACAACUUCCACCAUUUUGUUAAAAUGUCAUUGACGAAAAACCCCAAGAAAAGGCCAACAGCUGAGAAACUGUUGCAGCACCCCUUUGUCACCCAGCCCCUGAGCCGGACCCUUGCCAUCGAGCUGCUGGAUAAGGCCAGCAACCCAGACCACAGCACCUACCAGGACUUCGAUGACGACGAUCCGGAGCCCGCAGUAGUUGUGCCUCACCGCAUCCACUCAACCAACAGAAAUGCUCGAGAGGAGAAGACUCGCUCUGAGAUUAACUUUGGGCAGGUUAAGUUCGACCCCCCUCUGAGGAAGGAGACCGAGCCACACCAUGAACCGCCCGACAGUGAUGAUUUUCUGGACUGUUCGGAAGAAAUAUACUACACUGCAAGAUCUAACCUGGAUCUUCAAUUAGAAUAUGGACAAGGGUCUCAGGGAAGUUACUUUUUUGGAGGGAACAAGAGUCUUCUAAAGUCUGUUGAAGAAGAGCUUCACCAAAGGGGACAUGUGGCACAUUUAGAGGAUGAUGAUGAUGAUGGUGAAAAUCAACAUAGCUCCUCCAGCUCUACAAUGAAGCCAAAGGUGCCACCACCCCUGCCCCCCAAGCCUAAAUCGAUCUACAUUCCCCAGGAAAGUCCCUCUGGAGAAGAUGAGACCACCCAGGGCACCAUCAAGAGAUGCCCAACGUCGGAAAGCCCGGCCCGGCCGGCCUCCUACGUGCCUCCCCGGCCCCCCCCUCCCCGGCUGCCCCCACACAAGCGCAGCAGCCUAGGUAAUGGAGUGAAUGCUUCAGUCAAUGGAGAAAAGGAGAAUUCUUUCCUACAGAUGGGAGAGAAGCAAUCAACCAUGCCACCUACUGUUCCCAUAAGGAAGGACAAGAAGGACAUACCGAAACCCAUUAGUAACGGUCUCCCACCUACUCCCAAAGUCCAUAUGGGUGCAUGUUUUUCAAAGGUCUUUAAUGGCUGCCCGUUAAAAAUACACUGCGCCACUUCCUGGAUCAAUCCUGACACACGAGACCAAUAUCUGAUAUUUGGUGCAGAAGAAGGCAUUUACACUUUAAACCUGAAUGAGUUACACGAGACAUCCAUGGAGCAGCUGUUCCCUCGAAGAUGUACAUGGCUCUACGUGAUGAACAACAGUUUGCUUUCAAUAUCUGGGAAAGCAUCACAGCUGUAUUCCCAUAACCUGGCUGGCCUCUUUGAAUAUGCUCGGCAAAUGCAGAAGCUGCCUGUUGCUAUUCCUACUCACAAGCUCCCAGACAAAAUCCUUCCCAGAAAGUUUGCGGUAUCGACGAAACUUCCAGACACAAAAGGCUGCCAAAAGUGUUGUGUAGUGAGGAACCCUUACACCGGACACAAGUAUCUGUGCGGGGCCUUUCAGUCCAGUGUGAUUCUGUUCGAGUGGGUCGAGCCCAUGCAGAAGUUCAUGCUGAUCAAGAACAUCGACUUCCCCCUGCCAUGUCCCCUGGAGGUGUUCGAGAUGCUGGUGGUGCCAGAGCAGCAGUACCCGCUGGUGUGCGUGGCCGUCAGCAAGGGCACGGAGCUGAACCAGGUGGUGCGCUUCGAGACGGUCAACCCCAACUCCACCUCCUCCUGGUUCACAGAGUCAGAUGCACCACAGACGUGUGUGAUCCAUGUGACCCAGUUGGAGAGAGACACGAUUUUAGUCUGCCUUGACCGUUGUAUCAAGAUAGUGAAUCUGCAAGGGAGGUUAAAAUCCAGCAGGAAGUUGUCGGCAGAGCUAACGUUUAAUUUCCAAAUUGAAUCAAUAGUUUGCCUCCAGGACAGCGUCUUGGCAUUUUGGAAACACGGCAUGCAAGGACGAAGCUUCAAAUCCAAUGAAAUCACGCAGGAGAUUUCUGACAACACAAGGAUUUUCAGGCUCUUAGGAUCUGACAGACACUUUGAGCUGUUUGACUGUCUAGCGGAGAAUAGGGCCUCAGGUGUGGACAGUGCUCAGCGCAGAGUUGUAGUGUUGGAAAGCAGGCCAACAGAUAACCCUACCGCACACAGCAACCUGUACAUCUUAGCAGGACAUGAAAACAGUUACUGAUGGAAUUGCAUGGAGGUCCCGUGUCCCAAGCCGAAGUUCCCCCCCACACUACUGCUUCAGCAUCAGAGUGAUCGGAGAAGAGCUGCCAUUACUUUAUGGGUUACUUCGGACUCGUAUAUUUUUUAUUUUCUUAUUUAUUGUGGCAUGUAACAAAAGAUGUUGAGAACUUUUUUAUAUAAUUUCAUUUUUUUUAAAAAGUGUUGCCACCACAACUAGUAUCUUAAUUGACCACACAAGUGCUUAAUUGACUUAAAUAUUUAAUCGUUGUAAAUAUAAAUGUAGCAUUUUUUUUUGGAGGAAGUGACUUCAUCUUAUUUGAAUUUGUACACUAAGACUCGUAAUGUAGAUAUCAGUGCAUAUAUAUGUUGUACAGGUGUCUAGACUGUACAGAUGUAAAGGUUUCCGAGUGAUGCAAAUAGUUAUUGGGGGUACUAAUUUAAAGGGCUUGUCUGGUCAAGUUCUCCUUGGGGUACAGGAUAAAAGUAUUCAGUGAGUGAAGAGCAGCAAAGUACCCAUCUUACUAACACUGAUGUAUUUUUUUAAUCGCAGUUUAGUCCUUCCAAUACAAAUCCUUUAACCAUAUGCUUUUCUGGUUUUAAUUUUUAAUUGUACGCCAUUAUUCAUUAAAUUGCUUGUUUUUAAUGCUGAGGCAUACACUGGUGUUAAUAUUUGCACAAAAGGUAUUGAAAAUGUGAUUUACGUAUAUAUAUAUUAUAUAUUUACUCACAUCCGCAAACUGUGACAAUGGGGGCUGUGUUUUACUCUUACUUACUAUAAUCCAGAGUUCAGUGGUGUUCAGAAACUGACAGAGAUCUAUCUACAAGCCAGAACUUUAAACCUUUUUUUCCUGAAGUUGAAAAGAUGGAAAUCAAGCAAUGCCAGCUGGAGUGAAGCUGCAGCCUUUGUCCAGUGGUACUGUUGGAACAACGUUUGGUGUCUUAAUGAAGCAGAAAAUGUUUGAUGUAGUAGUUCAUUCAACGAGGUGUUUUGUCGACUAUGAAAUGUUGGCUUGUUAGUCCACUCUCAAGAGAAAUGCAUUCCUUUAUUUAGGAUAUAGCUUUUAAGAAGCUAAACUAUUGUAUAUUUUAAGGUUUUAUGCCAAUUACUUGUUUUGAGAUUUCCAUACUGUUGAGUAAUGGCCAAAAUUAGUUGGGUGUCUCUACCUCGUACAAUGCUAUAGUAUAAACAGUGCAUUUAUGGAGUAUCUCUGGUGGUGGAAAGAAACUAAUAUUUUCUACUUAAUAGUAGUAAAAUGUACACUACAAUAUUUUCCAUUGGAUAAUAUUUCCACAACUUAAAAGGAUGUAAUGAUUAUGAACAACUUUUUUUUUCAACAUUAACAUUUCAUAUUGCAAUGCAUUAUGUAUAUACUGUAAAAUAAAAUAAAUUGGUUUUAAGUACUGUA